ACCUACAUAAUCCGAGAAUUCGUAUGGCAAUCUAAAUGAAUUCGCUGAGAGCACAAGAACAGCUGCUUGUAAUGCAAUUGCAGGUAGAGCGACAAGAGAGCUGAUUCGUCUGCAUCUCUCGAACACAGUCGAUGGAUUUUGUGAUGGAGCUAAGCAAUUCUGUGAGGAUCUCAACGACUAUCUCAUGCAGAACUAUCUCUGGAUGCAACAGAAUAUUGCCAGCUAUCCGAACAAUCGUUAUUGGAUCCAGGUGAAUAUGACGCUGAACCAACUACUAGGAAUGAUCGAUGGGUACGAAGGCACGCUAGGGCGCUCAUGGGCUGUUGAGGAACUCGUCACACAUCCUCUCUACUUGAUUCAAUUAGCUGGUGAUAUUGAAGAUUUGGCAGCCAAGUUCGGUAGACCGGAAACUCCGCCUAGUCUUCUCACUGGCACUGGCCACUGUUCUGCACUCGUUAAGUUGCUUCCCGACUUCUCGGACAUCUAUUUUUCGCACGUCACAUGGGCGUCGUACUCGUCCAUGCUUCGAAUGCAAAAGCGUUACACGUUUGCAACCAGUGAUCCGGGACACAGUUACUCUUUUAGUGGUUAUCCUGGCUCAAUCUCGUCCAUCGACGACUUUGUCUUGACAUCAUCUCGUCUAGCGAUACUAGAGACCACGAUAAGCAAUUACAAUGAAAGAUUAUAUAAAUAUAUAACGCCAACAAGUGUACUGUGUUGGGUCAGAGCACAGGUGGCUCAUCGAACAUCGUCUUCGGGGCUUCAGUGGGCGAAAGUGUUCUCUCGGUUCAAUUCAGGCACUUAUAACAAUCAAUGGAACGUUCUUGACUACAAAAUGUUAAAGAUAAAUCGGCGAGAUCAUCCAUCGCAUGGACUGCUUCACGUGCUUGAACAACUUCCGAACCACACAGCACAUGCUGAUAUGACCCACGCGCUUUUCCGAAACACCUACUGGCCCAGUUACAAUAGUCCAUAUUUCCCGAAAAUAUUUGAGUGGUCGGAUACUGAGAAAAUGGUGAAGAAGUUCGGUGAUUGGUACACCUACGACAAAACCCCACGGGCUUUGAUAUUCCAGAGAGAUCAUGGUUCGGUUGUGGAUAUGGAUAGCAUGAUCCGGUUAAUGAGAUCGAACAACUAUACAAAGGAUCCAUUGUCAAAGUGUGAGUGUGAUCCACCGUAUUCGGCCGAGAAUGCUAUCUCCUGCCGGAGCGAUCUAAACCCGUCAAACGGCACUUAUCCAUUCCCGGCACUUGGUCAUCGAGAUCAUGGAGCCACAGACAUGAAGGUAACGAACUCUCAGCUCAUCGAAUCGCUGUCUUUCACCGCAAUCGCUGGCCCAACUCAUAACCCGACGCCUGUGUUCGACUGGAGUGCCAGCACUCUAGAGCAUUCAGUGCCGCACAACGGUCAGCCUGUUCGCUGGACUUUUAAACCGAUAACCCAUCGAUGGAGCACGUCACUCUUUGACAUGAAAAAUGAAGACGAAAGUAUAGAAGAAGAAGACAAUGAAAUAACGACGCAGUCAUUUACUAAAAUGUGA